CAGGACACAGUUAUCAAUGAUGGCGGAAUAUUGAUGACAUUAAACCAGAUAUUCUUACAAAUAUUACUAAUUCUUGAACAAACUGGCAAAAAAUAACUUUGUUGGACGUUUUUAAUCUUCAUAGUGUUAGUUAUCACCGGUUUCACAAAAGCAAAGGGUUUAAAAUGUCGGAAAUGCGUGUUUUGCAUCAACGGAUAAACACUGUCAUCAUGGACAUACUAGCCUCCGCUGCGGUUACAGAGAUUUGUAAGUUAGUAGAAGAUUGUUGUGGAGCAUUACGUGCAGAAGUCUCUCAAAGCAAAGAGCAAAUCAAAAUACUACAGAAGCAACUCAGCCUGGCUGAGUCGAGUUGCAAAGAAGGUCAGAUGCCUGUUAGCAGCGGCUCACCGAUAAAUAACAGUAUUUCGGGCAAUUCCCCUGCGGACAAUGAAGAUGAUGCGGACGACACUCACGAUGACGAAGAUUUUCAGCAGUUCUUUGUCUCUGAAGUGGAGUUUCCCCCCGAGCAGCAGCAUUGUAAGCAGGAGUGGAUCCCCAGUCUGGGGAAAGAUGACUGGAACCCCAAACAGAUUAAAGAGGAACAGAAGGAAUUCAGUAUCAUCCAGGAGGAGGAAGACCCUGUAUUCACUCCUGCCUGGGUGAAAAGUGACUAUGAUCAGUACUCGACUCAGUCCUCACAAACCCAAAGUGAAAAAGACAUAAUGGACUCGACUGAACAGAUCAAAAGAGAACCUAAGGAAGAUGAUUCAUGGACAGAAAAAGGACAAAACUCAAAGGGUAGAAAAUCCAUGGAUCUGAAAUCACCAGGGGAAAGGAGACACACAGAAGUGGAACCAUUUUGCUGUAGUGAUUGUGGGGAACGUUUCACUCAGAUGGGAGAACUGGAUGCUCAUAGGAAGGCACACACAGCAGAGAAACAGCAUCGCUGUGGUGAAUGUGGCAAAUGUUUUACUCAAGUUGGGUAUCUGAACUAUCACAGAAAGACGCACACAGGGGAGAAACCUCAUCGCUGUCAUGAUUGUGGCAAAUGUUUCUUUAGAGUUGGUGAUCUGACACUUCAUAUGAGGAUUCACACAGGGGAAAAACCACUUUGCUGCCAGGUCUGUGGCAAAUGUUUUGCUCGUCCUAGUAAUCUGAGGUCUCACAUUAGGAUUCACACAGAGAAAUCUUACAGCUGUCAUUAUUGUGGCAAAUAUUUUCGUCAUAAAGGUAAUCUGACAGCGCAUAUGAGGAUUCACACAAGGGGAAGUAAUAUUGUCGCUAUAGUAGCAGAUCUUUCACCACUGGCGACAAUCACAUGAGCGAUUUUUAAAGUAUAUUGCUGUCAGGAUUGUUGUAAAUGUUUCACUAAUUGUUAGAAUAUGAGGAGACCGAGGUGAGGAACCACAUGCUACCAUGACUGGCAAAUAUUUCAUAAUCUUAGGUCUUCUGAGAUCUCCUUUGUUCGAGGCAUGGUUCACAUCAGGCAAUGCUUCAUGUGAAUAGCAAACUCACAUUUUGUGAGUUUAUUUAUUUCAGGGCAGCUCUAACCAACAUCUCAAAUCUCGUCUCAUUGAUUGGAUGGCAGGUUAGCUGAGUCCUGACUCCAAUUAGCUUUUGGAGAAGUCAUUAGCCUAGUGGUUCACAUACUUUUUCCAACCUAUGUUGGAAUGUUUAGAAUAAUAUAUUCAAUAUAGACAAGAAAAAAUACAAUUUGUGUUAUUAGUUUAAGCACAUUGUGUUUGUCUACUGUUGUGACUUAGAGGAAGAUCCAGGUAAUUCCAAAGGGUUCACAUACUUUUUCUUGCAACUGUACUCCUCUGGCAGAUACACACACACACACACACACACACACCCCUUUUUAAACUAUUCAAAGUCAAAGAUAGAUCCAACCCUUGGCUUUCAGUUUAGCUCUUUCAGAUUAGAAGUCGGACCUGGGCCAAUCCAAGGAAAACUGACUGUAGUGGACUGGCAAUUUAGUCCACUACAGCCUCUAGCUGACACGAUGGUUAACCUGUCAACUUAUAGUGAAUCUUUUGUUUUCAUUUCAACAAUUUACUAUCUGUGACGUGCUAGAUGCCUUUUCUUAAAAUUGAUGUUUUAAAAAAAAUCCCCUGUAACUGAUAUUCUUGAUACAUUUUUGCUGCAGCUCACUGCCCCCCUGAUUGCUGUAUUAUUAACCCAUAUUUUUAACCUGACGAUUAUAUAUCUGGUACUACCCCUAAAGUUUGGAAGGCGGCCCAUGUACUCCCCCUUCACUAAGAUGGUGACCCUUGUGACCUAAAUACUUAUUGGCCUAUUUAUAAACUUUCUUGCCUCGCUAAAAUAUUAGAAUACUUGAUUAAUUCUCAGCUAAGAACUUUGUCUUUGAAAUGUUUUCUAAAUGUACAUCAGUCGGGUUUUAGACCAGGUCAUAGCCCUAUCUCUGCUCCAUCCCUAGUUAUAAAUGAUGUGGUUAGCUGUAUCGAUGAAAGGCAACAUUGUGCUGCCCUCUUCAUUAACCUGUCAAAGGCUUUCAGUACUGUUAAUCACUCACUGCUAAUAAAGAGGCUUUCAA